AUGUCCCACGGCAAGCAAUUCACCCUCUACACGCACAAGGGCGGACCGAAUGGGUGGAAAGCCGCCCUCCUCCUUUCCGAGCUCGGGCUCUCCUACGAGUCUAUUUACCUUGACUUCGAGCGCGGCGAGCAGAAGACUUCGCCGCAUGUGGACCUGAACCCGAAUGGGCGGAUACCGACUAUCGUGGACCAUGGGAACAAUGACUUCGUCCUGUGGGAGUCGAACGCGAUCUUGCUCUACCUUGCCGAGCGGUACGACCCUGACCACACGCUCAGCGCGAGCACCGACGCGGACAAGUACAAACAGCUCCAAUGGCUCUUCUUCCAAGCCUCGGGCCAGGGCCCCUACUUCGGCCAGCUGGGGUGGUUCAGCUGGUAUCAUCACGAAAAGGUGCCCUCGGCCAUCGAGCGGUACGCAGCCGAGGCCAAGCGCGUGCUGGGCGUCCUGGACGGGGAGCUCGCCAAGCGAGAAUGGCUCGUCGGGGAUAAAUACACCAUUGCCGACUUGUCCUUCAUCCCCUGGACGGUGACCGGCGCCACCGGCCUCAUCCCGGGGUACGACGUCAGCGCGGAAGCGCCGCAUGUCGACAAGUGGCUGCAGCGCAUGCUCGCCAGGCCGGCGGUACGAGCGGUGUACAAGGAGAAGGACACGAUCAGGGCCGCGAGCGCCUCAGCACAGUAA